AUGAUUGAGUCAAGUCAGGCACGAGGGUCGAUCAAGAUGGGCGUCGAACAAGACAAGGCGAGAAAAGAGGAAUCUCCAGCCCCUCUCGCGCACCAGACCAGCAUCGAUGUCCAUGGUAUUGAUGACGCUGCCAUCAUCCCCAAAGGCGCACUCGACCCCGUCUAUGAAGCCAAGGCUCGGGUCCUCAACCGUGCGAUUCAAGACAUCGGUAUGGGAUGGUAUCAAUGGCAGCUAUUCAUCGUUGUUGGAUUCGGUUGGGCAAGCGACAACCUGUGGCCCAUCGUGACGUCGCUGAUCUUCACCCCGAUCGCAAAUGAGUUCAAGCCGACUCGACCUCCUCUGCUAUCGCUCUCCCAAAACAUCGGUCUACUGGCUGGAGCCAUGUUCUGGGGAUUCGGAUGCGACAUAUUCGGUCGGAAGAUGGCUUUCAACCUGACUUUGGGUCUAACGGCAGUCUGGGGCAUGAUCGCCGCUAGCGCUCCAAACUUUGCAGCCAUCGGAAUCUUCGCCGCGUUCUGGUCCUUCGGUGUCGGCGGGAAUCUGCCUGUCGAUUCCGCCAUCUUUCUCGAAUUCCUUCCUGGAACCCACCAAUAUCUGUUGACGGUCCUGUCGAUUGAUUGGGCUGUCGCUCAAGUCAUCGCGACUCUUAUCGCCUGGCCUCUUCUCGGAAACCUGACUUGCCAGCAGGGCGAGACUUGUACAAGGUCAAGGAAUAUGGGAUGGCGAUACUUCAUCAUCACUAUCGGCGGCCUUACUUUGGUUAUGUUUUUGAUACGAUUCGUCGCUUUCACGGUCUUUGAGUCGCCAAAGUACUUGAUGGGGCAAGGCCGCGACGAAGAAGCCGUCCGAAUCGUUCACGAGGUAGCCCGGCGUAAUGGCAAGAUAUCUUCUCUGUCGGUGGAAGAUCUCAAGGCGUGCGAACCAGAGGGAUACGUUGCUCGUACCGACGCCACGGCUGCCGUCAAGCGAAACCUCGAGAAACUCGAUCUCAGCCACGUUCGCGUUCUUUUCUCGACAUCUCGUCUUGCUCUAAGCACUGGGCUGAUCAUGGCCGUAUGGGCGCUCAUCGGACUUGGCUAUCCUCUGUACAACGCAUUUUUGCCGUACAUCCAGGCGACAAGAGGGGCGGAGCUUGGUGAUGGAAGCACAUAUAUCACGUACCGGAACAGCUUGAUCAUUGCUGUGACUGGUGUGCCGGGCGCGUUACUCGGUGGAUGGCUAGUCGAACUCCCUCGACUAGGGCGAAAGGGGACACUCUCGAUCAGCACCGUUUUGACUGGAGUUUUCCUCUACUGUUCGACAACUGCGCUGACAAGCAACGCGCUUCUAGGUUGGAAUUGCGCUUUCAACUUCGCCAGCAACGUCAUGUAUGCCGUUCUCUACGGCUUUACCCCGGAGCUCUUCCCGACACCACAGCGCGGUACCGGCAAUGCACUGACGGCAACUUGCAACCGUAUCUUUGGUAUUAUGGCACCCAUCGUCGCCAUGUUCGCAAACCUCAAAACCGCCGCUCCCGUAUACACAAGUGGGGCUCUCUUUAUCGCAGCCGGACUAUUGGUGUGUGACAUCGACAUCAUGGUUGCCUCCUCUCGUUUGGUCCUUUUGGGCGCCUCUCUGCUCGGCUCUGUCGAAGCAGUCAAGUAUGGCUACAACCAUGUCGUGGUUCGUCAAGACACCGACGUCAUCGCCGCGAACUUCCAGGAUGUCGAAGGCAUUGACUUGCUUUCGCCCGCGUUCCUCAGUCCCGAGGGGAUUCCUGCAGGUUUCGCCGACGGCACCAAGGGCCCAACAGACGACGAUCUUCUGGACACCUUUGUUCAGGACCUCGCCGACAAGAACGACUGGUUGACCUACAACAAGGCAAACUUCACUUCGGAGGAGGGCCGCCCGUUCCCAUACCUCUAUCUCUCUACUGGAUCCAAGAAAUCUCGUAGGGUAGCCAACUCUACCGAGAAGGUUCGGGUUUGGCUUCAAGGUGCCGUUCAUGGCAAUGAGCCUGCCGGCGAUCAAUCUUUGCUAGCCCUGCUGGGAGCCCUCGACGCGAACCAGACUUGGGCCGCCUCGCUCCUGGAGAAACUCGAUGUAGUCAUUCUGCCUCGCUACAACCCUGAUGGCGUAUUCUACUUUCAGCGCACCUUGGCCACAAACUACGAUCCGAACCGCGACCACAUCAAGCUCGCCCGCAAGCAGACUCGCGACAUCAAGUCCCUCUUCAACGAGUUCAACCCCCACGUCGCGGUCGACAUGCACGAGUACAGCGCCACCUCCCGCUACGGCAGCUACUACCACGCCGCCGACGGCCUCUUCUCCGCCGCCAAGAACCUCAACAUCCACCCCGACAUCCGCUCCCUCUCCGAGGAGCUCUUCGCCAAGAACAUCGGCUCCGCCAUGGAGUCCCGCGGUCUGCGCUGGGAGCCCUACGUGACGGGCUCCACCAGCACCAACCCGGACUUCAAGCCCACCUUCGCCGAGGCCGGGUCCGACGCCAAGAUCGGCCGCAACGCCAUGGGCCUGACGCAGUGCGUGACCUUCCUCAUCGAGAUGCGCGGCAUCUUCCUCGCCGACCAGGAGUUCCAGCGCCGCACCGUCGCCGGCCUCACAAUGGCCUCGAGCGUCCUGCAGACGGCCGCCGACAACGCCGAGAAGGUGUACACCACCAUCGAGUCCUCCAUCGCCGACUUCAAGUCCUCCGACGCGGAUAUCGUCAUCACGGACUCCUCGCCUGUGGUCGACCGCAACUUCACCAUGGUCAAGAUCGACGACGGCUCUGUUGUGCAGGUGCCCAUCAACUUCGGCUCCACGACGCCCGUGAUCGCCAACGUCACCCGCGCCCGCCCGGAGGCCUACCUCAUCCCCGCCGCCUGGGCCGAUCUGGCGGAGCGUUUGAGGGUCGGCGGUCUCGAGGUCGAGACCCUGAGCGAGCCGUACAAGGGCAGCGUCGAGGCUCUCAACGUCACUUCGGCCGAGUUCGAGUCGGGAUACUACGAGGGCGUCAUCCUUGUUACUGUGACCACGGCUGCUUUCACUAAGGAGGUUGAGUUGCCUGCCGGCAGCUUCCUUGUCAGCACCAGACAGAAGAACGCCGCGAUCGCCUUCAACGCCUUGGAGCCGGAGAACAUCGAUUCGUACGCUAGCAUGAACAUCGUGCCGGUGGAGGAGGGCGAUGAGUACCCCGUCUACAGGGUUCUCGCCUGA